UUUAAAUAUCACUCCUAGCCUUGCGUGUCACCAAGGUCAUAUUAAUUAUUGACACUGUGUCAAGGAAUUACUUAAAGAUUUUUUUACUUUAUCACUAUUUUAUCCAUUUAUUUCAUUUGAUAAUAAUAAAUUUUUAUUUAUUGCUUUGUGUACAUUUAUUGUAGGCAUCUCGUCAGUUUUAGUCAUUUAGUUAAUUUCUUCACUAUAUUCAUGUUGACAAUAUUCGGUUAAAUAAUAAUAGUAAUUAACACAUAAACUUUUAAUUUUAAUACAUAUGUUAUUGUAAAAGUUUUAGCUUUUGUCAACUUGGAUUUUUUAUCAAAUAUAAAUUGGAAAUAUUAUUACUUAUUUUUACACAAAAAUAUUUGUCAUUUUCAUAAUUUUAAAGGGUCGAGCUACUUUGAGCACCCCUCAGAUCAUAGUUAUAUAUCUUUUUUUCUCUAAAAUCUAAAAAUAGAGCUAUAUAAUUAUAAAUUGUUUUGUAUUUAAAACAUUAUUAAAACAACGAAUGUCUCCUCAAAAAGCAUUAAAUGUAUUAAGGACUAAACGUUUUAGACGAUGAGAAAAAAAAUGACAUAAACGCAGACAAACUCAGUAUUUUGAUACUGGUUUUUUUAUACGUGUUGGAAGGUGUACUCUAUGGGAUAUCUACAGCUAUAAGAAUAGUUCUUCAGGACAUGAAAACACCAUAUCAUGAUCAGGCUAAAUACAGUAUGGUUUAUUGGCCUUAUAGCAUGAAGUUAUUAAUCGCACCCGUGUUCGAUGUGUCGCUCUCUAGUAAAAUUGGCAAACAAAAAAUGUGGCUUUUUCCAAUUCAAAUUCUUAUCGGUGUAACUUUGAUGUACAUUGCACCCCGAAUUCAAGGUUGGUUGAUUGAUGAGGAAACUCCUCAAAUAAACAAAAUAACCACGAUAUUUUUUUUUUUAAUUACUCUAUCGGCCAUACAAGAUAUAAUAAUCGAUGGCUGGGCUUUAAAUUUUUUUAGAAAGGAAAAUGUUGCUUAUUCUGCACUUUGUAAUAAUUGUGGUCGUGCUUUUGGCAUAAUAAUUGGUUUUGUGAUUUUGUUGUUAUUAGAGUCGGAAAAAUUUUGUAACAAAUGGUUGCGCAUUAUUGACCAACAGGGUGGUGUUAUAUCGUUUAAAGAUUUUUUUUAUUUGUGGGGAAUUGUAUUUAUUAUUGCUGCAAUAGUCAUAGCAUUAUUCAAACGAGAAAGAGUCGAUGACAAUCGAUUUAAAAUUAAUUUCAUAGAAGUAUACAGAUUGGCAUGGAAAAUACUUAAUUUAGAGACAAUUAAGAGAUUUUGCUUUGUUAUAAUGACGUAUGAAAUUGGAUUUGCUGCAAUCGAAGCAGUAGCAAUACCAAAAUUUCAAGAAUAUGGUGUUGAUAAAGAUACUAUAGUAUUAGUUGAAUUAUCUCUGUAUCCAGUAGAAAUGUUUGCUACUUACGUUAUAGCAAAAUAUGUUGUUGGACCAAAACCACUGAGUUUAUUUAUGAAAACUAUGCCACAUCGGAUUCUUGUUGGAAUAUUCUCAGGUUUAAUAGUUUAUAACACACCUAAAUAUGUUUCUGAAAAUGGAAGUGCAUCCCCUUACUAUUACAUAGUAUAUGAGCUGUACUGUAUUUUUCAAAAAGUACUUACAAUGGUAAUGCGGCUAUCAAUACUAUCAUUUUUUUCACGUGUAAGUGAUCCUUCUGUAAGCAGUACAUACAUGUCAAUAUUAAAUACACUUUUUUCUUUGGAAAAUUCUAUUACUAAGACAAGUGCUAUUGCCCUAGUCAGUUUGUUCACAUUUAAACAUUGCACUAACAGUCUAAAAUUAGACCAUAAAAAAGUAUUAGAUGAGUGUGAAGUUUUUGUUGAUGGUUUUUUUAUUGAAAUAAUAUUGUGUACAAUUUUCAGUAUAUCUUGGCUCUUAUCAACAAAGAAAUUUAUUAAAAAUCUACAGGCAAGGAAUACUGAAGAUUGGCACAUCAAUAAAGAAGCUUACAUUUUAAAUUCAAAAAAAGAAAAGUUACUUUCUAAAACGCCAUAUGAUAGUUCUCAAAAGUGAUGACACAAUCAUUUUCUUAUGACUAAACUAUUAUUAUAAAAUAUCUAAUUUUUCAAUAUUUGACAAAUAUAGUUAUUUAGACUACCAAUUAUUAAUUAACUAUUUAGACUACUUAGAAUAAUGUAUUAUUUUUUUAUGCAUGUCAUUAAAUCACUGAUCACAAUAAGGAUGUAAUAUUUUUU